AGGAAUGAGCAGUUAUAAUAUAUGUUACUCUCAAGGCGGAGAGGGGGGUGGGGGUGCUCAGAGAGGGGGGCUGCUCAUUAGGAGGCAUCAGAGCAAAGACUGCACUGCAGAGCAGGAAAACUUAUUAAGAAUAUGCGCAAAAAUACGUGCAAAAGUUGUGAUUCGUGCAGCCGGAGGCCUCUGUCACCUGUGUCAGGAGUUUCCUUGAUGCAAACCAGAUCACCUCUCCGGCGUUAAUAAGAAUAAUCUCUAAAAAAUAAAAUAUAUCCAACUGUUUGUUUAUUUUGGGGAUUGUUCCGCUCUCAUUUGUAAAUGUUUAUAAAUUUGAUUAGAAUGUGUUUAUCCCUCCAAACGACGACAGAUGACGUGUGAAGAUGGAUAUCUUGUGAAUUAUUUAUAAAGUCGUUCGGUUUGGAAGUCACUUUCGACUUUUAUUUUCUCUAAAGAGAUGUUUGUGUGAUGCUUUUCUAUAAGUCAUUAAUGCCUGUGGAGAGGAGGAGUUAAACGCAGAGAUAAAGAAAGAGGCACGUAUAGACUGCCGGCUCCUCUGGCUGGGAAUCAAAGUGCGCUAUAUGUCGCGCGUCGCGCGUAAUUUGGACUGAAAAAGAAAAGAAAAAAUGAGAUCGACUUCCAAAAAGAGCUGUUGUGUAGCUCGUCUGUAGGAAUUAUGCAGCGUCUUUUCCCACCAUAUAUUAUUUCCCCCCAUAGCUGCGGUGGGAGCUGGUAAGGUGGGUUAACUCCAGCUCAAGUCUCCGUGAAGCGCAGAGCACUGAUGACGUUGGGUUGGAUGACCAAUCGGGAGGCGCUGCCCUUUGGAGACAAACCAUUUUACUUGUAGUGUCUGCAUCAAGUCUGGAAGCAAGGGCUCAAUUUUAACAGAAUCCACCUAAAAAUCUCUCCCUUAACUUAUGCCUACCUUCCGGCACUUUGAGUGAGAAUAUCACAGGACGAGAGGGGGGAAAUAAAGACGCCUCUGGAAAAUUCGGGUGUUUAAUAGGACAAUAUCUGCGCGCGGUGGAGAGGGGGAGAGAGACAACAGCACAGCGAGAGAGAGAAAAACCGAUUUGGUCUUGAGAGAGAGGGGGGUGAGUGCUCUCAAGGCAGAAAAUUCGAUGAUGACCAUGACUACGAUGGCUGACGGUCUGGAGGCUCAGGACUCGUCCAAGUCUGCUUUCAUGGAGUUUGGGCAGCAGUCGCACUCACAGCAGAGCUCCCCGUCGAUGGCCAGCGGCCACUACCCGCUGCACUGUCUCCACUCCGGCUCACACGCUCACCACCAGCACGACAACAGCCCGUACACCGGGACCAACACCUACAACAGGUCGUUACCCUACCCCUACGUGAGCCACCCGCACCACAGCCCGUACCUGCCAUCCUAUCACAACAACACGGGAGGACAGACAAGGUUAGACGGCACAGAGCAGCAGAAAACGACGGUGAUUGAAAACGGGGAAAUUCGAUUUAAUGGGAAAGGAAAGAAGAUUCGCAAACCUCGGACAAUUUAUUCCAGUUUGCAGCUUCAAGCACUCAACCACCGUUUCCAGCAAACACAGUACCUCGCUUUACCGGAGCGCGCCGAGCUGGCCGCCUCUCUAGGACUGACACAGACGCAGGUAAAGAUUUGGUUCCAGAACAAAAGGUCAAAGUUCAAGAAGCUGCUCAAGCAAGGCGGCAACGUGCACGAGACCGACGCCAUCCCGGGCUCCAUGUCUCUGUCCCCGCGCUCCCCGACCAUCCCUCCGAUCUGGGACGUCUCGGCCUCUUCCAAAGGAGUAAACAUGCCGGCCAACAGCUACAUGCCCGGCUACUCUCACUGGUACUCCUCCCCACAUCAGGACUCGAUGCAGAGAUAGACUGACGAGGGGGGCCUCCUCUCUCCCGGAUCUCCGCCAUGCAGUUUCCAACGUAGCCUACAAUUUGUGUCAGCGCACAGACUGGAUGCUGAAGGAUAAAAAAACACUGCAGCCAAGCCUCGGUGUGAUGACACGAACAAGGGAACUAACCUUUUUUUUUUUUUCUUUUUUUUUUUCUUUUUUUACAUGGCUGUUCAGUUCAGUGAGCUCGCAUCUUUGUUAUAUUUCAUUCAUGUCAACAUCUGAACGUCAAUAUACCAAAUAUGAUGUGGACAGAAACAGAGAGAGAGAGAAACACACCUGAACCUGUCAGCCACGCUGGACUCCUCCUGACUGCUCUCCUUCUUCUUUUCUUUCUUUUUUUUUUUCUUUUCUUUUUUUUUUUUUUUUUUUUUUGGUUGUUUCUCCAACAUGCAAAACCAAGCAAAUUGUCUGUCUGUAAAUAUAAUCUGCGAUUUUAGUUGUACAUACACUUUUUAUGUUUUGUCAGAUUGAGUAAAUCGUGACUCAAAACAGAAGCCUGCUGUUGCAUGAUUUCCACAGGAAAAAAGAGAGAGAGAGAGGAGUGAACGAGGCCCCUUUAAUGCUUCAUAUUGGGCCAACAUCACACCAUCACAGGCCUAUUUCCCGUCCCCCUGGUGCGCACAAGCUUCUUCCAGACACCGUGAACAUAAGCUGAUGACACAGCGCUCAGUGAAAAGCUCCAUUUCACCCGAGUAAACAUUUUAAAUAAAUCCAAAAAAGGCGCCCAGUGGCUGAUGGAGACGGUAUAUAGACUGAUCAAAAUGCACUCAACACCGGAGGAAAUGAACUUACCCUGCCCCGCUGCUGCCUACAUUCACCUCCAAAGACAUUUGCUCCAGGUCCAGCUCAUCUUGUCAUUUCACCCCCAAUUAUUAGAAGUAUUGACAAAAUGUUUUCUCCCUUCUCUCCGUCCUAAUGCAGGCCGUUAAAUGCCAAGCUCCGCGGGAUCGAUGUUGAACAAAGCAGCCAGCUGCAGCGGCGUUCAAUAUGAAGGAGAUAUUUGGGACAAUUUGUGGGUUUUUAUCCAAGUGAGGCUUUUUUUUCCAUUCUCAUAAAUGCAGGCAUAAUUAGGGUAAUUUUUGAUGUAGCCCGCUGAUUACAGCGUUUUUACCGUCAAAGAUAAUUACCUGUAAUUUUCUACCACUUUUAAUACUAAAAGGCAUCUUUAUUUGGAUUUGAGGUAGCACAGAUGGAACAAAGGGGAAAAUUAUUCGGUUAUUCAUAUACAAAUUGCCGAGAAGAGUGAGCGCUCGGGAUAUUAUCUGAAAUUAUAACGCUGAAAAGCUUCAUGCAGCUGUCAAGUCGCGGAUGUCCCACUGGCGCACAUUCAGCCUACCUGGGGGCCCCCCCACAGCAGAGUGGGGGCCCCUGUGCUGCUCCUGGGCCAUGUGCACCCAGCUCUGAUGUGCAGGCUGCAGGGAGCCCGAGCAGCGCCGGAGUAAACAUCAACAGAGCUCAUAAAUACACGCUCAGCUCCGAGAAGUGACGCGUCUCAUCCAAACCAAAAGAAAAAAGCCUUUGAUGAGCUGAAUCACUCUGAAGAGAGAGACAGAGAUAGAUAGAUAGAUAGAU